AUGUCAACUCCAGAUGCCGGCGUUGGUCGAACUGGAACAUACAUUUGCAUUGAGAGUCUAAUUCGUCAGUUGGAUGCGGAGAAUCAAGUGAACAUUCGUGGCUUCCUCGAACACAUCCGUCAACAACGCAUGAAGCUCGUUCAAACUGAGUGGGUCGGUCAUUGGAUGACACCAAUGCGCUCUACCUCACAGGUGGUCAUGCCAACCGUUGUGUUGUUGAAUGUUGAUAGUGUGGUAGUGCAAUUGAUUGAUAUCUUUUCUUCCCUUUUUCCCCCCAAACAGCAACAAUAUGCGUUCAUCCAUGAUGCCCUAAGAGAGUAUUUACUUUGCCCGAAUCACGAAAUGUCGGCAAUGGCUUUUCCGACUUAUGCUCAAUGUCUUCGAAGAGCUGACGCUAAUGGAGUAACUGGUUUACAGAAACAAUUUGAAAUUUGCACUGACUACAUGCCUCGUGUGUACGAGUUCACAGAAGCCCGUAAACCGGUGAAUAUCCCGAAAAAUCGUCUCUCUAGACGUCUCCUUCCAACAGACUUGCGUCGAGUUGCCCUGCCUUCUGAAGGUAGAGCGGAAGGAGCAAGUUACAUCAAUGCUUCAGUUGUCCAAGGAUAUCAUCGAUUGCAUGAAUUUAUCGUCACUCAGCAUCCUAUUCCUGAUUCUACGGAGGCGGACUUUUGGAGGAUGGUUUGGGAUAAGAAUUCACCUCAUGUUGUGGUUUUGUCUUCCACGGAUUCAGAAAGUGGAGAAUUCCCAGACUUUUGGCCUACCAAUGCUCACGAUCCGCUUGAAAUUGGAUGGCUUCGAGUUGGAUUCUGUUCUAGUGAAACUGUCAGUGAUGGCUUAACUCGCUAUGAAUUCCUUCUUUCUUCAUCGCGGGAAGACUAUGCUCUUACCUGUCAGCUGUGGCGUCUUCAUAAUUGGGCCAGCAACACUAAUGAUGAAUCGGCUUGUAGUGACUUCUUAAAGCUGCAAUCCGUUCUUGUCUCGAAUAGCGCUUCUACAGCUAAUGGAUCUACUAUUGUUGUGGAUGAUUACGGUGGAAAUAGAGCUGGAAUCUUCGUUGCUGUCAAUUUCCUGAUCAACCAAUUCAAUCUUUCCGGAAAUAUUGAUGUCUACUACAUUGUCAAGAUGCUCCAUCUCCAACGAACUGGUAUCUUUCAGUCUCCGGCUGAUCUUGACUUUAUUUAUUCCAUAAUGGAGGAAUUCUUGUUGGAGAUGCAGCAACAGGAUGACAGCAGUUCCUUCCUAGGAGGUUGUAAUGAGACUUCAUCUUCACCUGGUUAUGCCAAUUUGAGCCUUUUUAACGGCAAAUCUCUCUUGUCCCCACUUACCACUUCGAAUUCCAAAUGUUCCAGUGCAAACGGUGACGUCCUUCCCCCUCCUAAAUCAACCACCCUCUUUCCUCUUAUUGCCUCUGUUGAAUCUGAGGAUGAGAAGAUACUGGAGGAAGAUGAGUUGAGAUCAACACAUGCCAUGGUUCCUGCAACCGAAUCCGCCCUCGAACUUCAUUCCCUCUCCUCUGACGCAACGGCUGGUGACUCCUCGGUUAACCCUUCCCUGAUCGGUGUCCUAACCCCGGUGAAGCGACCUCUUACCAAUGGAUUCGUUGUGAAGGAGACUAUCUUGCCACAUCCUCUCCCUCCACCCCCCAACCAAUCACCCCCUACAUGGCCAGUAGAUGAUAUUGAUGGAUCAGAUGAUCCCACUCCCACUACAUCUCUGGUUAUUGAGGGGGGUGAGAGUAGUUUCCACCUUAAUGGAACUGUAGAUGAAAUGACUAUGUCUUCCUCUGUAUCACCAACUCUUGGAGCACCGUCCAAUGGUUCUGGGAGUGUUUCUCGUCAGCCUCCACCUGUUAGGUUGCCAGUUCCUAAACGUCCCCCACUGACCCCCUCUGCAAUAUUCACUCUCAUUCAGACGAUUAAGGAGACUGGAAGACGUCUAGGGAUGAGUGAUGUUGCUGUGGCCACAGCUUGUACAAUCUUUCAUCGAAUGGUGCGUGUGCUCACAGUAGGAGAGGAGACGGGUCCGUUUGCGAAUGUGGCUGCUGGGGAGACAGGAGGAGGAGGGGAUGGCGCUCCGCAAGUCGCUCAGGCCCAACCCGCUACCUACUCGGCAACGAAUGAUAACCCCUUGCCCUCCGCUAUUGAUGGAUCGAUUAGGUCAAGUCUGGGUGAUGUGGAUCCUUAUACCAUGGCUAUGGCAUGCAUCAGUCUGGGUGCCAAGGUACAGGAAGAACACCAGCGUCUCCGUGAUGUUAUUGUCGCUUACUACAGAACUCUCCAUAAGACGAAACGUCCUCCACUCGAAGUAGGCGAUGACUACGAUCGCCUUCGCAAAAGUCUGGUCAACGCCGAGCUCUUCCUCAUGCGUCUCCUUGGUUACGGGGUUAGAACUCGGGCAGAUCUUCCGCAUGCCUACCUCCUUCACUACCUCUCGGCCCUUCUGCAUUGGAUUGGAAAGGGCAUUGUUCACCCUCCUACAGACGGUCGUGGUGGUGACUCAUUUGACCCCUCCGAGGUGUCCUAUGCGAAUAAUAGCGAAAUGGCCUUGGCUAGACUCCCUGGUUUGGCUUGGGGAAUCCUCAUGGAUUCAUAUCACGCUCCGUUGUGUGUGGAUUACGCACCAGAGUAUAUUGCGGCGUCGAUUCUGCAUUUGUCUUUGAGAAUUGCUGGAGUGGAAGUUCCGGGAAACAGGCAUUCCGAUGUGGCUUGGUGGCAGGUACAUUUCUUACCUGCUCUCUACUUCUUUGAUAAAAUCCCCUUUCUUCAAAAAGAAACAAUUUAA